ACUGUACUGCAUGUAUUCCGACAGGGUUACAUACGUCCCCUGUGAGCUGUAACAAUGGAAGACUGGUAUAUCAUAAUUGGUCAACUUUAACUUGUGUUUGACUGUUUUAGUUGUAGCUAUGUGUGUACCCAUAGACAUAAAGAUUUUUAUGUCUAUGUGCACCGAUCCACAGAGGAGGAGCGCGGAGUACACGUCAUCAGUGCGCGACGCAGCGUGCAGGAUUGUGAAGGACGCCGACGAGAAGCUUGUGAUGAAAUAAGUCAAACAUAAAGCUGUCAGGAGGACGUGGUAAAGAUGGCGGCGUCGUGUCUAACGCGGGCCCUGCGCUCCCUGACUCUGUCCCAGCCUGCUCUGCUCUGCUCGCAGGCAGUUGCACAGACCAAGCUGGGAACUCGGGUAACCAGUACGGCCGGGCAGUGCAGAGGCUUCCUCACCACAGCCUCCCUGGAGCAGAACCGGACAUUUUGGAAGCAGAGGGAGAAGUACACCACAACGCCUAUAGGGAUGAAGAAGACAGGAGGCAGAGAUCAAUCGGGAAGGAUACGGACACACGGCAUUGGCGGUGGCCAUAAACAGAAAUACAGGUGGAUAGACUUCCAGCGCCUGCGCUACGAACCGACCCGAGAGGCCCAGCCCUUUGAAGAGAAGGUUGUGGAAGUGCGAUACGACCCGUGCAGGUCCGCUGACAUUGCUCUGGUAGCUGGAGGCAACCGCAAAAGAUGGAUCAUUGCUACGGAGAACAUGCAGGCUGGAGACGUCAUUAAAACAUCUGGAAUUAUUGGACGCAUGGCAGUCUCAGCCAAUGAGGGUGAUGCCUACCCACUGGGAGCUCUUCCUGUGGGGACACUGGUGAACAACCUAGAGGUCCAACCAGGCAGGGGAUCGGAGUACAUUCGUGCUGCAGGCACUAGUGGAGUUUUGCUUCGUAAAGUAAAUGGAACAGCAAUCAUUCAGCUUCCUUCAAAGCAGCAGGUUCAGGUGUUGGAGACCUGCAUGGUAACGGUGGGGCGCGUGUCCAACAUCGACCACAACAAACGGAUCAUCGGCAAAGCCGGACGCAACCGCUGGCUUGGCAUUCGCCCUUCGAGCGGCUUGUGGCAGAGAAAAGGAGGCUGGGCGGGACGCAAGAUUAAACCGCUGCCCCCGAUGAAGGUUUACGUCAACAUGCCCUCUAUCUCAGCUAAAUAACCCGUUGGGAAACGUUUGGGACUGGAACACUUGUAAUAUUCUCUUUGGUUCUUAAAAAUCAAGUCGACUGUUUGGAGAGAGAGUUCAAUAAAGACGAGCUUUUUGUACAGAA